AUGGCGCGUCAGAGGACGUUGCAAAAAGUUCAAAGUCGGUGGCAAGCUGAUCCUCCGAAGUGGGCGACGAAGCCGAAAGAUGCUCAGGAAGACGAAUUGGCUCAGGGGAAACCACCGAAGGAAGAAGAUGAACCGGUGUUCACAUCCGACGAAGACUUUCAAUUAUUCAUCCGCGAGCAGGGCUGCCUCGUCCACGUUCGGCGCAUCUACAGCGAGCUGAUGGGAAAGGACAUACCACAGAUGUUUGAGGCAGAGAUUAACGGCGUGGUGCACAAGCCGGUCGCUGGAAAGUUUCACAAGCGGAUUCGAUACCUGUCCAAUAUGACAUGGGACUUUUGCGGCUGGGCGGUGUUGCACUAUGAAACAAGAUCUAUUGCACGAGAGAUCGUGCGCCUCUACCACGACACCGACCGGUUCAACACAGGCGUUCCAGUUCAUGUUUCUCUGGGAAUACCCAAAAAGCAAAUUCUCGAUCUGUUUCCUGAGGUUCACGCAGCGAUUUCCAAGCCCGAUCUUGAUCCGAGUGGUCCAUUCCCCUCGCGCAACCGCCCCGUCAUUGUCCCGAACGUCGCUUCCAGAAAAAGUGGGUUCGCGCUGGGCACGAUUCGUCCGCCGCCUGCCAAUGCUUUGUCUGAGGAUGAGGGCUACUUUGAGUCGAGGCACACCAGCGCGGAUAGUCUACCGCAGCCACAACCUGUCUACGACACGAAAGCCAUCUGGGUGCACCGCCUGCCCGGCAACUACGACACGCAAGCGGUGGCCGAGCGCCUCCGAAUCCGUGAGGACGAGAUUGAGUUCGACCAUACAGAACCUCAGAUUGUGCUCCGCUACGAUCCCUACGACGAUCGCAUCAGCGCCCUCAUCUACUUUUUGCAUCAAAAUGUUGCCAAAGAGUUCCACGCCGGCUGGCACAACCAAAUGCUGGACGGGAAAAUCCUUGAAACGGCCUACCGGAAGUGC